UCCAAAGAUCAGCUGGAUGUGGAUCAUUGGGAGGAACCAGCGACAACAGCUGGGAUGGCGACUGGGCUGCGGUACCCGGGCAAGGUCGUCAUAGUAACCGGUGGCACCCGGGGCAUCGGUGAAGGCAUCGUGAGGGAAUUUGUUCUCCAAGGAGCUAAAGUGGUCUUCUGUGCACCAGUAUCUGAAGGGGGAAGGGGGGAAGUGCUUCAGAGGGAGCUGGAGGAUGCUGGGGGUCCCGGGGAGGGCCGCUUCGUGGUCUGCGAUGUCCUCUGUGAAGCAGACAUUAAGGCUCUGGUGUUAGUAACCAUAGAACUUUACGGACACAUUGACUGCCUGGUGAAUAAUGCCGGAGGACAUCCUCCUGAGCAAAGAAUAGAUGACGUGAAUGCGGAAGAGUUCCGCAGCCUCUUGGACCUCAAUCUUGUAAGCUGUUUCUUGACAGCUAAGUAUGCGCUGCCGCACCUCCGGAAAACAAAAGGGAACAUUAUCAACAUCUCCAGCCUUGUCGGUAUUAUCGGGCAAAAGUAUGCGGUGACGUAUGUUGCAACCAAGGGUGCUCUUACUGCAAUGACCAAAGCUAUGGCCAUAGAUGAGAGCCAAUACGGUGUCCGAGUCAACAGCAUCUCGCCCGGCAAUAUCUGGACUUCUAUGUGGGCAAGGCUUGCAAGCCAGACAGCCAAUCCAGAAGAAGCUAUCCAGGAAGGCAAGGAUGCUCAGCUCCUGGGACGGAUGGGGACGCCAGCAGAGUGUGCUACAGCUGCCAUGUAUCUUGCUUCGGACGCCACCUUCUGCACCGGUACCGACCUUGUGGUCAGUGCUGGCGCUGAACUUGGAUAUGGGCAGAAGUAUCACCAAGGUGGCUCCUUACUGGACUAAACCGCUGUGAAAAGGCACUUUGAAGACUACAGAGAGGUCAUCAACGUCUGGGGAGAACUGCUCGAACACUGGUUUACACAAAGCCAGCCUCCCCAGAAGAUGGAAAACCUCACCGGGGAGCUGCAUUCAUCUGUUUAAGCUGAAACGAGAAAGUGCCCUGUAGCAUUUGAAAGACUUAACAAAUCCAGACAUGCCUCCGUGUCAUAGAAUCAUUGAACAGUAGAUUUGGAAGGGGCCUAUAGGGCUUUCGAGCCCAACCAUCCCAGCGGGGCUCCCUUGCUUGCCUUUAACAGUUGUGCGGCAGAAAGGCAACAGGUGAAGUUUUUUCCAAUCCCAGCGUUAAAAUGCCAGGAAAAUCUGUACUGGCUCAAUUUCAUGGCUGGAGCUGAACUAAAGGCACAAAGGGCCUUGUCUAGAAAAGACUGGUAGCCUCCCUGUCUUUAAUAGUGCUUGAAUGUUCCAGGCCUUAUCAUGGAAAACAGGUUCUGCAACUAAGCCCCAAUGUCAUGAAUUCAGCCCUUGAUAACGCCAUAACUACCUGUUUUCACACAGUUGUGGUCAAGGUGAGCUAGACCUUGAAGUUGGUGUUUUUUUUAAGCUUUGUUAAAGGGAAAUGUUUAACUUCCACCUUUUGAUCCGUGACCAUGAAAGUUCUUAUCCCGUAUCCACUCACUGUUUAAACAUGUUGAAGAAAUGUGCCUUAAAUUUGC